AUGCGCGGCGAGGCCGGCAAUGACGGCGGUGGCGGGGAUACCCAAGUCCUGGACGGCGGGACACCUCCGUUAGGUUCUCCAUCGAGUGAUGGCGAUGGGACACAGCGCAAGGCGGAUGAUUGGGCGCUGUACGACGAAACACAGCCUCUGGAUGAUGCCGAGACCCAGUUAAUAGACGAGGUGGUGGAGGAGGAGGAGGGUGUGGCUGGCGAUUGGACGGAGACACAGCUGGUGGAGGGUGGCGAUGACGGUGACCAAGUGAAGACGCAGCAGGAGAUGGAAGAUGGGGAAGGGGGCGAUGUCGGUGGUGGCGCUGAGGAUAAUGCCGGUAAUUGUACUCAGGCUCAGUUGGUUGAAGAAUGUGAGGUGGAUGGAGUGAACACCGUUGUAGGAGACAUGGUUGAGACCCAGUUGGUUGAGGAAUCUGAGGAGGAUGACAAGGAUGGAUUAAACGAUGAUGAUGAACAUGAUCCUGGUGAGUUGGGGAAGACCCAGUUGGUCGAAAACUCUGAUGAAGACAUAGGUGACGAUGAGUUGAGCGAUGGCACUGUUGUCUUAAGUGACAAUGAGAGCUUGUCAGAAGAUGAGAGGGGCAUGGAGUCAGGAAUGGAUAAAAGGGAUGCGAAGUUGGGAAUGGAAGGAAGUAUCGAGGGGUUAAAUGGAGGGAUUAAGAAGCAUGAUGAUAACAAUAAUUUGGUGGAUUCUGAUGCAUCGACAGAUGAGGAGGGUGACACAGAUUCAGGUCAUCUUCAGUUGAAAUUACCUUCUGUUCGUGUUGCAUCAGUACGGACAUGUGGAAUUUCUGAACCUCGGGACACUAACCAUGAUAAAGGUGGAGGUAAAAGCAGAGAUAAGUGCUCAACAGCGAAAAAGCUUUUUGCUGACACAGCAGCUGAGGAUGGUGAAAACAACAGCAGAUGUCUUGCUGGAUUAAGCUAUGUUGGAUCACAGGAGCCUGGUGAUCUGUCACAAGCAAAUGCUUUUGAUGUUGUGGACAGGUUGAUUUCAAUCAAAGGUGGAUUAUCAUCUCAAGAAAACACCCCAAAUAAAUUGGAAAAAGAAAAGCCACGUGUUUCAAGUAAGAGGGGGACUUUAAUGUUGGCUGAGAAGGUUGACCUUGGUAGAGGUUCCAAUACAAAGGCAGAAAUAUUUGAAUUUGUGGAUAGCCGUGAAGAUGAUGGAGGAGGUGACUUUUUCAGUAAAAACAAAGACAUCUUUUUGCUGAAACCAAUUGGUAGAGGAAAACCAAAGAGUCAUUCUACCAGAGCAAAGAAAUCUUCCACAAAAAAAUCACGGGGAGAAAAUAAAAUAGGGGAAGCCAUGAACAAAAGAAAUACCAAACUAUCUGGGAGGUUUGAAACUAUUCCUUUAUCAGAUUCAAGACUAUUCAAAAGUGAUGUAAAGAGUAAGCGGGCUUCUGGAAACAGGACUAAGAAAAACCUUUUGAAGGACUUAGAUGAUCUAUCAAAUGCCAAAUCAUUGGAAGAACAGGAAAGGGCUGAUGUAGCUUUGAAUGAUGUUGGUCCAGAUACUCAGAUGGCUGUUGAAGCUAUGGAGGCCCUGGUACAAUGUUCACCUGCUAAAAGUUUAUCUGCUGAAGGUCAACCUCUGUUCAAUAGAGAUAAGAGAGCUGAGAAGUUUAGAAUAACUAAAAGUCAUUCGAAGAAUGAUUCUCCUCAGAGAACUAGCAACAUCCAGGAAGGUGUCACGACACGUUCUAAAAGAAGAAAAGUAACUGACUUCAGUACCAAGCCUCAGAAAGAAAGACUAAGAGGAUCGAAGAUGCAAGAAAGUUCUGAGCCUAUAGUAAAAGUGAAACAUAAGCAAACAAAGUCUGUACCAGAGAAGAGCAAAGUUUCAAAGAAAUUUAUCGAUGAAAAUAAGAACCAUGGGACACCUGUUGCUCACCGAACUAGGCAUUGUGGUAGGAAUGACCCUUCUGCCUUUAUCGAGUUAUCUAAUAAACACUUGAGGAGAGUCAAGAAAUUGACAGGUGACAGCUCCACUAUUGGGCAAGUGCAAAAUAACCACAUUGCAACCAAAUCUGGUUUGAGUUGUUUUGAAAAAGAAAGCACAGAGCAGACUUGUACAAAUAAUGAUCAAGAUCUUCAGCAAUCUAGGGAUGGAAGCGCACAUCGGACCAGUGUAAAUAAUGUUCAAAACCUUGAAGCACACAGAGUUGAACCAACAACUGAUGUUACAUGCAGAGAUUCCCCAUCGCAUCCCAAACGGCGAAGAACACCUACAAAAAUGAUACAGUCAACCGCUGCAGCUUCUGCAAAUCAUGAAAUACCGUCAGAAGUGGCAAGACCAUGCAAGAAAAGGCGGAUUUUCAUAAGAAGUGUUUCUGACCUGCUAAAGUAUGCAAAGAGGGAACCUUCCCAUGGAAGAUCAGCUUCUAUGAUGUCCAACAUUAUAGAAAAAUCAUUAGCUGCUUCUCCUGUACUUAAUUCUUCUGUAAGAGAUGACAGGAAAACUUCUUCUGAUGUCAUUAGCUCUGCACAGAGACUGAAGGAAUCCUCCCAUGUUGAGGAUACAAGCAAAUCACCAAAAAACAAUCCUCAAGUUCCGAAUAGUGCCAUGAAAAUACCUUCAAAAGUGGUUAAUGAAUUGUCACCCACUUUUAGUCCUGUGAAUCCAUCAAAAGGCUCAAGUAGAAGCUUGUCAAAAGCUUCUAUUGCGAGAGAAUUACUGAAGCUAGAUCCUGAAAAUGUGCUAUCAAAUCAGCAGAGAAAAGAUUCCAGAAGAAGGAAGGAUAUGGCCAAUGUCAGUAUUUUAUUCAGCCAUCAUUUGGAUGACGAUGUUAUCAAGCGUCAAAAGAAGAUCUUGGCGCGCUUAGGAGUUUGUGAAGCAUUUUCCAUGGCCGAUGCAACACACUUUGUUGCAGAUAGAUUUUGCCGCACAAAGAAUAUGCUAGAAGCAAUAACUCUUGGCAAGCCAGGAAAAAGAGUCUUUGUAACAUCAAAUGUGAAACCAAGUCAAGUAGUGGUGACUAGCUUGGUUAAAGCAUCAUCGGGGCAGCCACUAGAGAGGUUAGGACGAUCCAUAAUGAAGGAAAAGGAAGUACCUCCUGACCUACUGGUUCUCUCAUGUGAAGAAGACUAUGGAACUUGUGCACCACUACUCGAGAAAGGCGCUAGUGUUUUCAGCGUGGAGUUUCUACUAAACGGAAUAGUCAUUCAGAAACUGGAGUAUGAGAGGUGA